AUGAGCAGAUCCUCCUCCUUAUCAUCGAAGACCCAUAAGCAUAAGAAAUGGUCUGAGUCUGAGGUUCCCAAGACGAGGGAGUUGAGGAAAAGGAAUGAGAAGUUCGGGUCUAGAAGAGCAAUCCAACUUGUCAAAUAUACCAUCACUAGCAGCAACACCCAUCUUUCCUCCUCUUCUUCUUCUUUUGGUUCCAUUGAAGCACCAAGGUUCUUUCUUUCUCACUCUUCUUCUUCUUCUCUGAAUCGCAAUGUUCCCGCAAUCACAACAGCCCAUUUCAUCUCCAAAAUCUCCAAAUCCGCCCCUAUUUCACGCCUCCCUCACUCUAAACCCUUCCGAUUCAUCAAAGAAAAUUCUUCGUCCAAACCCAUUUCCCACAAACUAAACAGAAUUAAGAAAUCUCAGUCUUCGAAAAAACCCAAUUCGGAAACUCCUGCUUCUUUGGAUUCAAAUAAUACCGCUCCUGUAAAUGAGUCGCUUUCUGCGUCUCAAGACCUUUUGCAGCUGCAUAAGGAGGAGCUCCAAUGCACUCCUGUGGCUGUGAGCAAGAUUGCAACUUGUUCCGCUUUGGAUUGUCUAGUUGCUGUUAUUGGUAAUCAUAAGAAUAGGAGAAAAUGUAGGGCUAGAGGUGUUCUGGUAGCUUUAUCAGGACCAACUGAUAAUGAUAUGUCAAGUUAUAAUUUUAAUUCUAACCAUGUUGACUGUGACGAGAAUUACACUACAGGACUCGUUAACAGGUCCUGUGUUUUCAUGCUUCCUUCACCUGCAUCGGCUUCACUGCAUCGGCUUUUGUCUCCAUGUCAUGUGGAUGAGAAGGAAAAUUCUGCUCCUUUGAACAGCUUGCUCGUACAUAAAACAAUUCCUUCUCCUUCCUCGCCUUUAUCUGAUGAUGGCUUUUCUUUCGAUUUGUGUAACUUGAGCAAUAACAGAAGUGAUGCUACUAAUAGCAGCACUGGGAAGAGCCAAAGCAACACAAAUAAUAUGCUGAUUUCCACUCAACUCCCUCAGUUUCAAGUACGAAUGGAGUCUUUACGUGAUUAUGCUCUUGUUUCAUCUUCUCCAAAUGCCACACCUUAUUCCAGAGCUGUUCCCUUGAAAGAAGAGGCAAAACAUUCCUACAAUAUUGAUGGAGGAAACGCUUCAUUCUCUGCAGAUAUAUUAGGGAGUGGAAAUGUUAUGCAAACCCCAAAUUCUGACUCUAGCUUGCAAAGACGUGUUGGGCUUUCACUUUCAAGUGCAAAGGAUCACAGGAGACAUCACUUUCAUUCUGAGCUACAUUCUGGCUGGAGAUCUUUGGACAGCAAGCAUGUCCCCCAAAAGCCAAGUAGCAAUAUGGGAUACAACCAGUCCUAG